UUCAGUCAAGCCAGCCAGCUUACUAUUUCUGUUUCAACCAACGUUUCUCGUUUCUUUCUUCUUUCAUUUCUUUCUUGUUUUCUAGUAUUCUGUUUCUCUCUUCUCUUCUGCUAUCACAGAGAGAAGAGAGAUAAUAACAAGAACAAAAAUGGAAAAUUCAUCACUUUGGCAAGGUGCGAUUCUUGGUGGAAUUCUCUUCUGGCUUCUCUCUUCUUCAUACCUCAAUCUCACUCUCAAACUUCGAUCUUUCCUUCAACCUUUCGUCACUCACUAUGUUCAAUCCGGAACCCCAAUUCUCCUCCAGAUCCAGAGUUACAGGGCUGGAUAUCUUGAUGCUAUUUUUUCUGGCUUGUCUUGUGUUGUUUCUGUGCCAUUUUACACUGCUUUUAUCCCUAUGUUAUUCUGGAGUGGUCAUGGUCAAUUGGCUAGGCAGAUGACGUUGUUGAUGGCGUUUUGUGAUUAUAUAGGGAACUGUAUAAAGGAUGUGGUUUCAGCACCAAGACCUGCAUCCCCACCUGUGAGGAGAGUAACUGCUACAAAAGAUGAGGAAGAGAAUGCUUUGGAAUAUGGAUUGCCUUCUUCUCACACACUUAAUACAGUUUGCUUAUCUGGCUACCUUUUGCACUAUGUCCUGACUCAUACCCAAAUUCAAGGUGCCUAUAUUACUUACUUUGGAGUUUCCCUUGCUUGCUUGUUUGUGGCCCUUGUUGGUUUAGGAAGAAUUUAUCUCGGUAUGCACAGUUUGAUUGAUGUUGUUGCUGGCCUAUUUAUUGGACUCGGAAUCCUUGGACUUUGGCUUACAGUUGAUGAAUGCAUAGACAGUUUCGUGAUCUCAGGGCAAAACGUUACAACUUUUUGGGCUGCUUUCAGCUUCCUACUGCUCUUUGCUUAUCCAACUCCUGAACUUCCAACUCCAAGUUUUGAGUUUCACACUGCUUUCAAUGGUGUUGCAUUGGGAAUUGUUUCUGGGGUACAGCAAACAUACCAUCAGUUUCACCACAACACUGUUCCUCGUUUGUUCUCUUCAGAACUGACAGUGCUUGUAUUCACGGGAAGAGUGCUCUUAGGAAUACCUACGAUUCUAAUCGUGAAAUUCUGCAGUAAGACACUUGCAAAAUGGACAAUUCCCGUGGUAGCAAACACAUUGGGCGUCCCAAUAAAAUCAACCACCUAUAUCCCCACAUUGAAUGGGGCUAAGACUGGAGAAAAGUCAAAGGCUUUCGAUGUUGAUACCGGAAUUAGAUUUCUCCAAUAUGCAGGUCUUGCAUGGUCUGUGGUCGACCUAGUGCCAUCUAUUUUUUCAUACACGAACCUGUGAUGUGCAGAUUUACCUCUAUUUUAUUUAAUUUUUGUACAGAGAGGUACAUAUAAUGUAUCAUACAAGAACACUAGAUGUCUAGAUCAUUUCCACCCAGUGAAAUUUCAUCUCGAUGAGAAUUCACUGAAGGCUGGUUUUGUUUUUACAAGUAGGUUUAACAUAAUCCAUCGAAGAUGUUCUUCAAUCUUCACGCACCAUACGAACUAAGCAAUAAACAAGUAGCCUUCGAUUGGAAUUGGACUAGUAUUUCAAACAUCCUAUGUUUAUGUUUAAA